UUUCCCCCAGUCCAAACACAUGCGCUAUAGAGAAACUGAUGUACCUAAUUGCCCAUAGUGUGUAAGGCUGUAUGGGGGUUUCCCAGUAUCGGGUUGUGGCCGGAAGGGCAACCGCUGCGUAAAACAUAUGCUGGAUAAGUUGGUGAUUCAUUCCGCUGUGGCGACCUCUGAUAAAUAAGAAAACUAAGCUGAAGGAAAACGAAUUAAUGAACUAGUAAAGCAUAACUUUAAAAAAUCAAGUACUAAUAUUUUAGUUACUUUUUACUUGAAUUAAUUAGCUUUUAAAAAUAAAUUGCCGAAUUAAUAUUUGCAUAGUCAUGUUGAAUCCCACACUCAAGGUAAAUUAAGGUUAUGCAGUGUAUUGUUAUUAUCAGAAAUCUGCAAGUUCUUAAAAAGAUCAAGCCUCAGCCAGGUAAGGACAAGCAGCGAAAAAGUUACUCAAUACUAACGUAACACAUUACUUACCGUGGAAAGUAACCAAGCAGCACAACUAGUUAGUUUUUUGGUGGGCAGAAGUUUGUUGGUAAGUUACUGACAACUCUGUCUGGCUCACAAACAUACACGAGAAGUGAUAAGAUCACUCAAGAUCACAUGCGAGACUGGAAAAGAUAUUUGAACUAAUCUGAUGUACAAAUGUUCUGUGCACUGAAUGGUGAUUUACAGCAAAAGGGCCAAAUGAUUAUUGAGAGGAAAUGUUCGGGGAGCUGCUGGAAUUUUAGAGAUGCUGAGAUUUGAGGAGACUGAAGGAUGCCGAAACAGCGGAUACCAGAGCAAUGCCAUUUAAGUUGUGCUCCUGCAGUUGAUGGAAAGAUACACUCCAUUAACACCAAAUAACCAAAACGGUCCAGAGAUGGAAGGUCUUACUAUACCUUCAUUUAAGGGUGGGACAAUUCAUAUCUCACCCGAAGUCAUAGAAACCCUUUCGCUUCUUGACAUUGUGUGGUCCAAUAAGUUCGAGAAUGAGAACAUUGAUGCAGAUGAUGCCAAACAAAGAGAAGCUGAUUUUCUGAAAGGAGCUCCACCCCAGUGGCUGCAGUUUUAUUGGUCAGAGAAAGAAGACCGACCAUUUGUCAAACGGAAUGGCUACAACAGUUUGGUAGAGUUAAUCAACAAAAACAAAAGGAAAAUAUGGAGUGUCAUCGACAUGCAUUUGUUUUACCAACCCGGGAGUGGAGGGUCAACCCUGGCGAUGCAGGUUCUUUGGAAAUUUCGUAAGGAAUUCAGAUGUGCCAGAGUUACAAACUCUUCUCUGGAUGUCGCAGAGCUUUCAAAGCAAGUAGUCAAGUUUUUUAUGGCGGGAGAUGAUCAGGAUCAGAACACUGUGCUGCUUUUACUGGACAUCAAGGAAAAGAUGAAUGAAGAUCAGCCAUUUAAGAGAAUUCUACAGGACAGCCUGAUCAAGGAAAUCAACGGGCAGAACAUCAAAGCAAACAUUCCAGUUGUGAUCAUUUUAAACUGCAGCAUAAUGGACUUCACAAGAACAGAUACACUGAGCCUUGAAGCAAACUUGACUGAAGGUGAAGAAAUAAAACUAAGGGAGAAGCACAACGAAGUCACUACGAAGCACAAGGAGCAUGAACGAUUCAGGGGCCUAAACAGAAUGCUUGGGAAUUUCAGUGUGUUACAUGAUCGGUCGCAAAAACGUGUUGAAACUUUCACACACACUCCCCAGAGUGUUGCAUGAUCUCAACGCCAAAUGGUUCCCAAAUCCCAAUAAAGUAUUCAGCUUUCUCCACAUCCUCCCUUGAAAUAAUAUGGGCAAACAUGUACCAAGAUGUGCCAGUGGAUCAUGUGUGUGCUGAGGAGUUGGAGAGUGAGUUUCUUAAAGGGGGUCAACCUCAAUGGGGGGACUUUUACAGCUCAGAGCAUCAAGGCACCUUGUUUGUCAAAAGAGACCUCUAUGAAUCCUUGAUCCAGCAGAUUAAUGUGCAGAGAAGAGGCCAGUGGAACGUGACAACCAUUAAUCUGUGUCACCACCCAAGGAGUGGUGGAUCGACUCUUGCCAUGCAAGUGCUGUGGGACUUGAGGAAACAUCUCAGAUGUGCCAAACUGAAAUCAAAAACAACUGACCCGAUGAUCAUCAAAGAUGACAUCAUCAGAUUAGCCAAAGAGGGAGGGGAGAGACAUCAAAACACGGUGCUUCUCCUGCUGGAUGUAGGGGAUGGAGGAAACAGAAUAGCAUACCGUUUGCAGAAAGAGCUCGACAAGAGAAUUGCUGGAGAUAACUUUCCAAUGCUUAUCAUACUGAAUGUAGCAAGCAAGACAACAAUUCCCAAAAGCUUCAGUGUGAAACUAAAAAUGGAGCUGUUACCGGAUGAAAUAAUCAUGUUUAAGGAACACAAGCCAGUGAUCAGGGAGGCACAUGGGACAGAUUCUGAGAGCUUUCACAGCUAUAACAUUAUGUAUGGAAACUUCAAAAAAGAUUUGGUCAAAAAGGUCAUCGGUAAGGACCUGGAAAAUUAUGUUAAACACAACAAGGCUUCCCCAAACACAAAACUCUUCUCGUUUUUAGCACUACUGAAUUCAUAUAUUCCGGGCUCCUGCUUGCUUGAAAGAUUGUGUUUGGAAUUCUUUGCAAGUCAAGGUUCUCAUGCAGGUGACACAAUCACACACAUAAUGACUCCCUUCAUGGAUCUUUUGGUGAUAUACAGUGCAGAGCACUGUGAGGACAAAUGUGUCCGCAUUGCACACCCUAUGAUUGCUGAUGCAUGCAUCCACAAGCUGUUCACCUUGUCUAUACCAAGAGGUGAAAUAACACACAACUUUUUGUACUUCAUAGUGAAAGCGUUAAAGAAGCAUGCUGACUUUCUGCACAUUUGCAAAGACAUUCUGAUCACCAGACAGAAAGGAGAUCAAGAGCAUGACAAGUUUUCAAAACUCAUUCUGGACAUCAUGGAGGAAGACCUCUAUACAAACUCUGCGAACUGCAUAUCUGUGUUAGAGUUUGCCUCUAAUCUCUAUCAUAAAGAUGCCUUCUAUCCGCAGGCUCUAGCACGGUUCUACUAUAUCAAAUUUGCAGAUUACACAAGGGCUGAAAGGUUUGCAAAAAAUGCCAUUCUAAGAGAUCCAAAUAAUUCUUUUAUGAGAGACACACUUGGACAAGUGUACAAAAACAGACUGAGGAAGACCGUCAAGGACAAAAUGUCUCCGAAUUAUUCUCGCAGAGUCUUGGAGAAUGCCGUUUCUGCUGUUAAAGCAUUCAAAGAGGAGACAAAGACAGCUGAAGAGGAGCAGAAAUCCGAUGUCAGGGACAGCAAUGCUCCUAGCACCUUUAAUAUCAGGGGUAUAUUUGGUUUCAUCCAAGUUCUCAAGAUUCUCUUCGAUGCCCUCACACAUCACAGUUCAGAGUGGGCAGACUUUCUAAGAGGGAAAACAUCUAUCACGUCUCUUGGCACUUCAUUUAGAGACCAAAAGCUGAAAAGAUACAAUGAUUUCCUCAGCAGCCUCAAAGAAGAAAUCAAAGAGAAAUUUCAUGUUUUUCAGUAUUACCUCACGUACUCAAAGCCAAGCAUUGACAGAGAGGAACCGCCAUACUUUUACCGAGAUGUUGAAGAUUGCUUCAAGAAAUAUGUGAUUCAACAGGAAAAGGCUGCUCAAAGUAAACUGAGAAUGCUUGAAAUAAAAAAGGCAGAUACAUUUCCAGGGUUGUUGAACCUCUUAGAUCAAGACACAGCUGUGACAGAGUUAGAGGAGAUUCUCAGUCUAAUUAAUGUUAAUGACAGCCAAAUUUACAUUCUUGCCAACAUUAUUUUGUGCAACAAGUCUCCCACAUCUCAGUCUCUCGAGUCAAAACGAGAGCUUCAGUACAUGAUGUGGAGAGACUGGCAGCAAGAAAGAAAGGGAAGAAGCCCGGAGUUUUAUCUGUUGGUCCUUUUGUUGUUUUGGCCUGGAGAUGAUCAACAGAGUACACCAAACUCGCCAAACCUUGCAGAGUGUGUAAUAUAUAUGCACCAAGCCUUUGAGAGGACCUACAGACUGCACCUUCGCUCACGUUACCUGGUGCCCCUCUUUUUCCUUGGAAAAGGUGAUCAUUUGCAGAGAGUUGUGCAUAGAUCAAACAUAGAGCAAAAUCAAAUGGACGCCCUGACCAAAGGGGAUGAGAAAGCUGAAAUCCAGGACCUUCAACGAGUCCAAGGGGAGGUUAGAGACCACAAGGUGUUUGCUCUGAGGGGAACAGUCCAGAUUGAAGUAACUCCUCACCAUCCAGCCAGCGUACGUGGCCAAAGCCUUGUUUCAUUUUAUCUGGGCUUUAACAUCAGAGGGCCCGUAGCUUACAACAUCAGACCAUCACACAGACAGUGCCGUACAUGUGCUUCGAUUAGGGAUUCAUUUGAAUGGGACCUGAUUGAACCCUCUGUGAUCUCGGAUGAUGCACAGAUAAAGUACAGAGUAAAUCUUGGUUCAGGGUGUUAUGAGUGCAGGAGGACUGGUCUACGUGUUGAAUGUUUGUGUGAUGUUCAGCUUGAAUAUUUUAUUUGCGACUGGGAAAUACUAAGUGAUAUUCCAGCAAUUGAGAAUUGUACACCAUGCGGCCCUUUGAUGGACAUUGCCAUCAUCUCUGGAGAACUGAACGCAGUUUAUCUGCCUCAUUUUCUGUGUUUAGGUGGACCUCCAGUCGGCGUGAGAAUUCUCCACGUUGAAGACAGUGGAGUUUCAUUCGAGAAAUGCAAGUUAACCAGGUUCCACGCCAAACUUCUGGACCACACGUUUUCCCCUAAAGGUCUUCUUAUGAAAAGUGGACGCUCUGUGAACUAUCAUUGUGAAACGCUGAUCUACCAAACUCUCAAAUCUCACCUGACUCUUCACGUGUACUUGAUUCCAAGCGAUAAAAAAAUGAUAGAGGCUGUUAAAGAAAAUGAGACUGAGAGCAAGGCUAUUUUAAAGCCGGGACCGGAAUGCUCGCUUCAGAUGAAGACUUGGUUUUUAAUGCGGACGCUGGAGAAAAUGAGGAAAUCUGCUUGUCAUUCUGAAGUCCUACCCGAGCAAUUACAACUCAAGUACAAGCCUAUAAAACCAAAUUUCUUCGAAGUAUUCGUUGAUGCUCCAAAAGAAGACUUCUACCUUCAGCUGAUGUCGCAAAAUCAAAAGGGAGUUGUAUGGGAUGCCAAAAUACGUCAAGCUGACUAUAGUCAGAGUACUUCUUCAGUCGAUGCUCGCAAAGAAUCUUAUUGCUCAAAUGAUGAAAGCAGAGAUUUCCCCAGUUCAAGCGAGGCUGAUGCAGUGGAGAAGAAAGAAAGAUUGAGCAAAGGUGCUGACUUUGUGGUCACUCACGAGACGGACUUGAUCAACAGAGUCACGCUGGUGGAGCCCAUAGCUGAUGACAUGAAAUCUCUGAUCGGUGUGGAAAAAUACAAAAUAAUUCUGAAGUUAGAAACAACACAUGCGCAAAUGAGAAAGCUUCUGGAUUUUCUGUCAGUGCCUAGACUGAAGGAGAAAUUGUACCAAAGCCUUUUAAAACACGAGCGCUGCCUUGUUGAAGAUUUGGAGCAUUCUGGGUAGACGCUCUUCCAUGUGUCAGUGCCAAGAUUUCAUAAUGGGCUAUAGUUAUUCUACAUUAGAUAGUUCUGAUUAAAUAGUAAAUUCUAGCAUGUAACGAGGCGUGUAGUGUAAACUUAAUGAACUGUGGUUAGUGCUGAGCAUUUUCUGCUUCUCGUUGACACUGAUAGUCAUGAUGUUAUUGAAUAUGAUCAGAUCUCCAUCCUGUCCGUCUUCCUCACUAAACUUCCAGUGAUGUUUGGUUGUCAUGUCUUUUGUUUUGUAGUUUUAUGCUGUCUUCCUACCGUGCACUCAUUUGCUCAUGUGUCAUGUUCCCAUUAAAGGCUUUAUGCUUAAA